AAGAGAUGAAUAAGUACCUGACGGUCCCCGCUCCUCCUCCAGACUCGCCCACCAUGUGUAGAGCCAGACUGGCAUCAGGCAAAGGUACUGAUAUCAGAGCUGGUCAGGAGCAAAAAGGAAACAAAAUGUGUUCAGACCCCCAAGCCUACAAUGUGAAGCCUGUGUCAGACAAGGUGCCCGUGAUCCAGGUAGACCUGGCCUCUCCUCAGUCUCCAGACUCUGUUAACCUGUUGGAUGAGUUUGGACAGGCUAACCAGCAGCAGCAGGAGGAGGAGCAGGGCCUGAUGAUGAAGCCCCCAUUGAGGCCAGGGGAACCUAACAAGCCGGGUGAGGCAGACGGAGCAAAAGAUCAGCAGAAACUAAUGAGGUGUCUGAGCGACCCUGGUCCCAGUGCGGACGAAGAUGAAGAUGAGGCCUUUCUCCCCUGAGAUAGCAGGCCAGUUAUGGAAGGGCCAUUAGUUUGUUCCUGCCAUUGCUCUUUUUUUUUUUUUUUUAGGCUGCAGUGGUAGAGCAAAUUCUGGAGUUGGUACUUGAUAAUGGUGGAGGGUGUGGAUGAUGGUCUGAGAUGUUCAGGAAAGAACUAUGCAUUACCAAAGGUUUGGACUGUUCUAGUUUCAGACAAUGUUAUUUUUAGUGUCCGUUUUUCUGUCUUGGUGAUAGCAUAGUUGUUAGCUUUACGUUUGGUCAUGUUUUCUGUCUUCAAAACCACAUUCUCAGCUGCUGGGUAAGCCACAGAAAGCUACUUCAGCCUAGUUUUGACUUUUAUUGCACUUGAGUUUCUUGCUGUCAUUCUGUCACUUGAACUUGCUGGAUAUCCAAACAUUUAGAUUGUAGCUAUUUAGAAAUAUUUGGCCUUAUUUGAUGUCAAACAUUUUCACUUGGUGCAAUUUUUUAAUUUUAUCUGUCUUAUAACACAUUUUAAUGUCAGGGAUGCUGAUAUCUGUUUGUGAUCAGUUUGCUCUGGUACU